AUGGCGGGUUCAGAGGAUAUCACCGACUUCGAUAUGAUUGAGGAUCAGAAGGAGAACAUCCAGUCCCUGCCCGGAGGCCGCUCAGCGAAGAAGCUUGCCAGUCUUUUCUCUCCAUCUCCUCUACACAAAUAUUCCACACCGACACCGACGGACACAAAAAACGUCAACGACUGCAUCCGCGCAGAAUACGAGGCGGAAAUCGUAAACAUCUCCGAAUCCGACGAUCCUUUAGAUGUGUUUGACAGAUAUGUGCGCUGGGUAAUAGACGCGUAUCCAUCAGCACAAGCGACGGCCGAGUCACAGCUCCACACGAUCCUCGAACGCGCGACGAAGACGUUUGUCACCUCAUCACAAUACAAGAACGACCCCAGAUACCUCAAGCUAUGGAUGUACUAUAUCCAACUGUUUUCCGACUCACCGCGCGAAACAUUUCUUUUCCUCUCACGACAGGGAAUUGGCGAGAGCCUCGCAUUGUUCUACGAGGAGUACGCCGCAUGGUUAGAAGGGGCAGGUCGGUGGGCACAAGCGGAGGAGGUAUACAAGCUCGGGAUUGAGCGAGACGCACGGCCAGCUCAGAGGCUGCUGCGCAAGUUCAAGGAGUUUGAGGCAAGACUCGCUCGGCAGCCAGACGCAUUGGAGGGACCAUCUUCACCGGCUUUGCCCACCGUCCGUCCCGCGCUGGCCAGCAAGACAGACCCCUUUGGCGUUUCAUCACAACCAGUAGACCCUCAGGCCCAACGGCAAACAAGCGGUGUUGGGGGCAGUUCGUCCCGAGCUGGAAAGUCCAAAAUCUCCAUCUUCUCCGACGCGGAUGCCCAACAGCCUGCCAUGUCGUCAAGAGACGCUGGAUCCAAGGGCUGGGAUAGCAUUGGAUCUCUGGCAGAUCGAAAAAAGGAAAACGCGAUGGAACCGAAGCCAUGGUCUGGAGAGACGCUCAGGGCAGGUGGCAAGAAGCCUGGAUCUGGUGGGGCCAAGCUGGCGGUAUUCAGGGAUCCGUCCCUUGCUCAAAUACAAAAUAUCAUUGUUGUCCCGUCCAAGCAUCAAGUAACGACUCAUCCGCAAACAGGAAAGAGAGAACGCAUCUUUGUUGACCUCGCAGCCGUUUACCCAACCCCCGAGGAGCCUGGCACAGAACUAAGCUUCGAGGAAGUUAUUGCUGCGCAUCGAGGCUGGCUCGACCGCCUGUGGGAUACUGACUAUAGUCACCAAGAUCACAUGGUGCCUCUUCGUGAUGUGGACAAUUUGAGACAAGUGACAACCGACGAGCUGAUUAUUGACGGAGACCCCAUGGACUUGGACGAGAACGGCGUAGUAAACGAGAAGCCUAGAGAAUCCCGUUCAGGCAGGAAAAAGAAGACAAUGGAGGUCAAUGAGACGCAGAUCAUCAAAACGAAACUCGACUCCCCAUCAGGACCAAAGCUUAAGAAGAAGAAGGUAGCGGAGCCCACUAUGACCCUUCACACAAGAGCAGCCACGGAUGAUAUUUACGACAUUUUCAACGCACCGCUCAAAUCCACACCCGUGGAAGCAAACGACGAUGACGAUGAAGACUCCGACUCCGACUCUACCUCCGACGAUGACAAUGAUGAUGACGAUAUGACUGAUGGCGAUUAUGCAAGUGAUGCCGAGAGCACUGGCGCUACGAGGCAGCCACACGAAGACGAAAUAUCACAGCGCCUGGAGGACGACUUUGAGGAUGAAGAGCCAGAGCUGCCUAGAACGCGCACCAUCUUCAUUCCCGUCCCACCAGAAGACUAUGAGCCACCAACACGCCCGUAUAGGGAUCCGGCGGAGAUGGCCAACAAUCGACUACCUUUCAUGACGCCCAUCACCGAGAGAACCGAGCCAUCGUUGGACGUCACCGUGGACCGAGCAUACCAGUUCAAGACGCCUAGUAAGCAUGACGGUAGAGCGGCACCGGUCGAGGAGGCAUCAGACUCGGAAUCCGAGAACAGUUCCCUGAAAGAAUUUUUCCCAGAAGGGAGACCAUCCAUCAAUGGUCGAACACCUCUAGGGUCCAAGGCUGCUAGAGCACUAAGUAAGAGUGGCCCCAAUAGAGGAGUACCUGUCAAGGGCCCCAUUGUUAAAGAAGCGCAAUGCAGCCCCAUCGACGACAACGUUCGGCGACAUAUCUUGACAAGCAUACAGCCUCCGCUGGCCAUGUAUCCCGGCUUCUACGAUCACUACAACCAGAAAUAUGAGCGUGGUGCAGAGAUUCGAAGAUACGCCAAGGCUGUCAGGUUAGGCAGAGCGAAUCCAGACAAACCCGGACCGGGAAACCUUCCGACGAUUAUCCAAUUCAAUGACUGUGAGACUAGAUAUGCUGUGAGGAGGGAACUUGGCGCUGGCGCUUUUGCACCGGUGUACUUGGUGGAGAACUCGAACCCGGAUCGAGAGGAAGAUGGCCAUGACAUUGGAGCCAGGAUGGGAAAGGGGACAUUCGCCGUAAACCGACGAGCGGCAAUAGAAGCCUUGAAAAUGGAAUCGCCUCCAACGCCGUGGGAGUUUUACAUUAUGCGUACUGCUCAUUCACGUUUGGGCCCUCAGCAUCGAGCCACGGCUUCAUUGUCGUUUGCACAUGAAAUGCACCUCUACCAAGACGAAGCCUUCCUCUUCCUCCCAUUCCAUCCUCACGGCACGUUGCUCGAUGUCAUCAACCUCUUUCGAGCAGAGCCUUCAGGCGCCAUGGAUGAGCAGCUUGCCAUGUUCUUUUCCGUCGAACUAUUCCGCACAGUCGAAGCUCUUCACUCCAAAAAUGUCCUUCAUGGCGACUUGAAGCCGGACAACUGCCUCCUCCGCCUUGACUCCAAGUCGUCUUCUGUGUUCUCCGAGCAGGCUCUCUCCAGCCAAUGGCACGCCGAUGGACGCGGCGGAUGGGAUUCGCGGGGCAUCGUUCUUAUCGACUUUGGGCGCGGCAUCGAUAUGAAGGCAUUUACCCCUGACGUGGAAUUCAUCGCCGAUUGGAAGACGACGGCGCAGGAUUGCCCCGAAAUGCGAGAGGGACGGCCUUGGACGUGGCAGAUUGACUACUACGGGCUCGCGGGCGUCAUUCACUGUCUGCUUUUCGGAAAAUAUAUUGAGACAGUGCGCGCUGAUCAGGGGGGGUUCGGCCGAGGUGGUCGAAAGUACAAGAUUCGUGAGAACUUGAAGCGGUACUGGCAGACGGACAUUUGGUCGGAUUGCUUCGAGGUGCUGCUGAAUCCGGCUUCGUUCCUCGCCUACGAGGAUGGCGGCAGGAUGCCCGUGCUCAAGUCGAUGAGGAGCAUCCGUGAACGCAUGGAGGCGUGGCUGAUGGCUAACUGCGAAAGGGGAGCAGGGCUCAAGGCUACGAUGGGCAGGGUGGAGGCGUUGGUGAGGAAUCGCAAGUAA